UUUCCCGAUGAAGGUUUGCUAAUAAUGCAAGAUGGCGGCGAUGUCUGUGUACCCCAUGUGUGUUCGCGCCAGCUAUGGCCUUCUCAGUUUACGCAAAGGUGUUCAACGGCUAAAUCCAUCUGUAAAUGAACUGUUUCGUGUAUUGUCCACUGACACUUCUAAACCCCCAGACAGCCAGAGUAGCCCCGGAGGUGGAGUAACACAAGCGAUUUUACAAGAACGUCUUCAACAGCAACAGAGGGCACAGGACCAACAGUUUGACGACGAUGGCGACCCCAACCAAAGACGAGGGAAAGGAGAGGACAAGGACCAGAAGGAGAACACAGCCUACGCCAAAAAAAUAGUCGUCAGAUUAGCCGGCCUCAUGGGACUGGGCUCUGCAGUUGGAAUGGUGUAUAUAUUUGGUACAAAUUCAGUGGAUGAACAAGGAAACAAGAUCCCAGAUGAGUUUGAUAAUGAAGUGCCAGUCGUUCAACAUUUGAAGAGGACACUUAAAUACUUUCAAGACUACAGACAGAUGAUUAUUGAGCCCACCAGUCCGAAGCUCCUCCCUGACCCCCUGCGGGAACCCUACUAUCAGCCGCCGUACACGCUGGUACUGGAGCUCACCGAUGUCCUGUUGCACCCAGAGUGGUCGCUGGCGACAGGCUGGCGCUUCAAGAAGAGGCCAGGCAUAGAUUACCUCUUCCAGCAACUGGCUCCCCUCUAUGAGAUCGUCAUCUUCACAGCGGAGACUGGCAUGACGGCAUAUCCCCUCAUUGACAGCAUAGACCCCCAGGGCUUCGUUAUGUAUCGGCUUUUCAGAGAUGCCACGCGUUAUGUGGAAGGACAUCACAUCAAGGAUGUGUCUUGUCUGAACAGGGACACCUCCAAGGUGAUUGUGGUGGACUGCAAACGCGAGGCCUUCAGCCUUCAGCCCUUCAACGGCCUGGCGCUGCAUAAAUGGGACGGGAACUCGGAAGACCGCACUCUCUACGACCUGGCUGCCUUCCUCAAGACUAUUGCGAUGAGUGGGGUGGAGGAUGUUCGGACGGUGCUGGAGAACUAUGCCCUUGAGGAGGACCCGAUUGAGGCCUUCAAACGAAGACAAGCACAGCUGGCACAACAAGAGGAAGAGCAGCGUCUUCUUCUGGAGGCGGCGCAGCAGAAGAAACAGGGCUUCUCUCUGGGCUCCAUAGCGGGGCGCUGGUUCAAAUCAAAGCAGCAAUAAAAAUGGGGAAUACCCAAUCCGAGACCCUCCUUAAAUAUCGGAAAGGACAGAGAACUGGGUCUGCUACAUAAUGUUGGACGUAAAUGGUGGGCACAAGUGGACAUCACCUCCCAUACCGACCUGCGUACCUUCUAUGCGUACACACUUUGGGGAAAGGAGAUCGGGGACAUAUUUCACUUCUCCAUUGAAGUCCUUGAGGAUGUCAUGUCAGUGACGGAUGAGACGGAUCGGCAACACACUACUUUCCCUCCUUCCCAUCAUUAAAUGCCUCAGUCUCUUGAGUCUGACCCAUCACAGCCUGUAUCUUCGCAAGGAUUACAUGAAACUUGUUUAAUGAAGUUUAUUUUAAAGCAAUGAUCAGACUGUGAGAGAAAAAAAAGGUGGCAGAAUAUAUUCUGGCUUAACCUGUGAUCAUUGUCAUCAUUCGCCAGCCACAGAGUUCAACGCGACCCAAGUGUAUGUUGUCUGAAACACUUUUUUCAUUUCACAUAAUGCAGUUUUUGCCGCCCAUCCAUUUGUUCUUAAAUAAAUAAGUUAUGGUGACUUUC